UCCCUAAAGAUGAUGUUGUAACUUGUAACGAACUCUGGAUAGGAACUUUGGACGAAGAACACAGUAUAGAUAUGGCGUCUGCCUAUACGCGCAAUUGGAGCAGCAGCAGAAUUAGGCUUCCGACGGUGGCUUCCGCCACUCUUCAAACCGAAAACCUCAAUUCUAGGGUUCUAGUGCUCGGAGGAACCGGCAGAAUCGGUGGCUCUACCGCCAUCGCUCUCUCUAAGCUUUCCCCUGACCUCCGCAUCAUCAUUGCCGGCCGUAACAGGGAAAAAGGUGCUGGUAUGAUUGCUACGCUUGGGAAAAAUGCUGAGUUUUCUGAAUUUGAUAUCAAUGAUAUCAAGUCAUUGGAAUCUGCAUUGAAUGAUGUAGAUCUUGUGGUGCAUGCUGCAGGGCCAUUCCAACAAACAGAAAAUUGUAGAGUUCUGGAAGCUGCUAUACGGGCCAAGACAGCAUAUCUAGACGUGUGUGAUGAUACAAAUUAUGCGUUGCGUGCAAAAUCGUUUAUGAAUGAAGCAUUGGCUGCAAAAGUUCCAGCAAUAACUACUGGCGGAAUCUAUCCAGGAGUAAGCAAUGUAAUGGCAGCGGAGCUAGUACGUGUUGCAAAAACUGAAAAUAAGGGUGAGCCUGAACGGCUAAGAUUCUACUACUACACAGCAGGAACGGGUGGUGCGGGACCAACAAUAUUAGCCACUAGUUUUUUACUUCUCGGAGAGGAGGUUAUCGCGUAUAAUAAAGGAGAGAAAAUCAAAUUAAGGCCGUAUAGUGGAAUGGUCAACAUUGACUUUGGAAAAGGAAUUGGGAAAAAAGACGUGUAUCUAUUGAAUUUGCCAGAAGUGACAAGUACACAUGAGAUUCUUGGAGUUCCAACUGUCAGUGCUCGAUUUGGAACUGCUCCGUUUUUCUGGAACUGGGCUAUGGAUGCAAUGACUCGUUUUCUUCCUUCUGAAGUCCUAAGAGACAGAAGCCGAGUACAAGAUAUGGUUCGGUUAUUUGAUCCAGUAGUUCGUGUCAUAGAUGGCUAUGCUGGAGAGCGUGUCUCAAUGAGAGUUGAUUUGGAGUGUUCAGGAGGACGCCAAACAAUUGGCGUUUUCAGUCAUAAAAGACUCUCUAUAUCAGUUGGUUAUUCAACAGCUGCAUUUGCUCUUGCUGUUCUUGAAGGCAAUACGCAACCAGGUGUAUGGUUUCCAGAAGAGCCUGAAGGGAUCGCCAUAGAAGCUCGGGAACUGCUCCUUGAACGCGCUGCGCAAGGAACAAUUAAUUUCGUAAUGCACAAGGCUCCGUGGAUGGUGGAAACAAAUCCGAAGGAGGUUGGACUUGGAAUAUAUGUGUAAUAUGCCAACAAUUUUCUCCAGAUUUACCAACAGACCACAGCUAGUAACUGAGACUUGAGUUAUAUUAGUUACACGACGAUUAAAUUUGUCCCGAGUUGAGAUUGGAUUGUAAACACAACAGUAUGAUGCUCUAUUUCGUCAUUACAAUAAAAUUAGUCUUAGCAAAA